CCGUCCUCACCGUUUGUGGCAAUUUCACAACCCAGCAAACAAUAGCCGCAUCGGAAUUGUGACGGAAAACGGCGGAAAUCUCCAAGCAGCGCGCCAUCGAACCAGUUGCCGCAGCUGAGUGUGUGUAUCGUUCGCCACCGGGCGCGGUGGUAAACGGCGGAAGGCCGUGCGGUGUGGUGGCAGCAGCAGCAGCAGCCUCGUUGUUUAUCGCUCGCCUCGGGUACCUGCAGCCAAAGUGGAUCAAUCCGUCGGUGAUACGGUCGCUGAAGUGCCCCCGGGUGGACACGGUGCUGUUGUUGCCAGGUGUUAUUGCGCGCGGGUCGUCGUACUGAGUGAGGAGGUAGGAGGUGUUCGAGGAUCGAUUCCUGCCUUCCGUCGACGUCGCCGACGUCGUCCACUUGGGAGCGACAGGUGACCGAAGGUUGUGUCGUUGUAAGGUCCCGCCCCAGUGCAGCCGAUUGACGAAUCACUGGCUGGCAAGUUGGCGAGGCGAAGGUAGCGAAGAUGUCGGACUCAUUCUUUGGCUUUGACGCGGCUCUACCCGGGGAAGAUGACGACGGUGGAGGUGGUAGGGCCGGUCGCAAUCGUGGAGUGCUCGGUGGAGGUGCCGGCAGUGGAGGCCGUGGUUCCGACUCGGAGGAGGAGUAUGAUGCACUCAACGACGAAACGUUCGGGCAGGCACGGGAGGACGAUUGGGAGAAUUUGCACGAGGAUCUCGUGCGAAUGGACCAGCGCGAAGGAGGGGACGGUGAUUCCGGGGCAGAUUCCGACCUGGACAUCAACUUUUCGUCGGUCGGGAUCGACAACUUCGAGCUGGACAAUGAUACGGAACCGGAGGCCCGGCUGCAGCUCGACCCGAGCGUGUGGACGAUGCCCAGCAAACCGGAAACACCACGCCACACUGUACCCCCGGUCUCUGUUCCAUUGCAAUCAUCGGUCAUCGGAUCAUCAACCCCUGUGCCGGCAGGAUCAGCAGCUGGUGACCGCUUCGGAGCACCCUUGGGACGGUAUCCUUUGCCAAAUCCGAGCCAGAUUCGUAUCUGCUCGUUGGAGGAAAUCGAGCAAAACAUGAUCAAACAGCAGCAAGAGCAGAUGCGACGAGGAAUGACACCACUGCCUCGUCCACCGCCCGGCUUCGCGCCUCCAAGCUCCAGCCAGUCGCAACCGAUGCCCCCGGGACCCAAUCCGAUGCUUCAUCGUCCCGUUCCUGUCCCGUUGGCCUUUGCCUCACCCGCCCUACUCGGUGGAGCAGGAGGGGUUCAAUCGCCCCUCGGGUUUCCCCCGACGAACAUGCCACCACCACCCCCGGUAGCUGGACAGCAGCAACAGCAGCAGGGAGGAGUUGGCGGCGGUGGGCCGUUUCCCUUUCCGAUAACCUUCCAGCCACCUCCGCCGAACAAUAGUAACAACAGCACUAAUAACAAUAACAACAACAACAACAAUGCCAGCUUCAGCCAGCGUCUGGUGGAGGAGAUCCAGCAGAAUCAUCCCAUGUUGCCGCACUAUCGUCAGCCGCCGCCCACCGGAGGUCUGGGGCAACCUCCGCUGCCGCUGGGUGUGCCACCGGGUGCCCCGGGCCCCGGUCCGGUGCUUCCCCCGAUGCCACCGCCCCACGGAAACUUUAAGCACCAUCCGUUUAUGACGCCGCCGCCGCCGCACCACCAUCCUCAUCCUCCGUUUCCGGCGCCCAACUGGAAUGGUCCACCGCAUCACCACAACAAUAUGGCGCACCAUCAUCACCAUGGCCACCAUAAUCACCCGGGGCAUCAUCAUUUCCCCCAGCAGCAGAUGCAGCACCAUCAUCCCGGUGGUGGCCACCAUCCUCACCAUAUGCAGCAACAGCACCACCAACAUCACGGCGGCAACAUGCAGCAGCAGCAACAGCAACAGCAACAGCAGCAGCAGCAGGGCCGCGGCGAUCGACUGCAAAAUGGAAAGCUGAACCGUCACUUCGAGUACGACGAGUACGCGAACAUGAUGAGCGACCGCGCGAAACACUGGCUGCUCGGCAUCCAGCUGUCGCAGCUGAACAAGGAGACGGCGUACUACAACGACUACUACUUCUGCGUGUUCCGCGACCGCAAGGAGCGCGAGCGUGGUGCGGAGCGAGAAAGCAAAGCGCAUAAGGACAACACGUUCUACCAUCCGUUCUCGCAGCAGAUGCUGCACCGGAACGGGCUGAUCCGCGAGCGGCGCAAUUCGGACAACUCGUCCUCGGCGAAGGACAACAUCAAAGAGAUUCAGCCGCGUCGCUACAAGCCGGUACAGUUCGAGAACUCGCUCGGCAAGCUGCAGUGCGGCAGUGUGAUUGCGCCGAGAAAAAUCAUCGAUCAGGAUGUCGUGGUCGAUCGUUCGGUGGCGGAGGGCGGAGCGGCAGGCGGUGCGAGUGCCGGUGGAAGUGGCUCCGGAAGCGGCAACAACAGCUCCUCCGACACGGCCGCCAAUCAGCGCCGCUCGCGCCAGGUGCUGCUGCAUGUGGAGAACCUCUACCGCUUGGUGCUGCGCCUCGAGGACAUGUCGAACCCGCUGGCCAUCGAAGCGAAGCAGCAGAUGAAGGAAAAGCGCGCCAAAGAGCGACUGCUCGCUCAGCAGGAAAAUCGGGCCACCGACGAGCAGAACAAUGUUGCCGGUGGCGGUGGCGGCGGCGGUCCGUCGAAGCAGCAGCAUGCCGCGGCUGGUAACGUGUCGGAGGUCGAGCAGGACACGAUCGAGAAUCUGCUCGAGCGAAUACUGCCCGGCUUGAAUGCGGAGGGCAUACUGCGUCUCCUUUCGGUUCGCAAGGGCAAGCUGCUGCUGAAGCGCAUCCAGAAGGCACUCAGCGGCCAUCCGGCCCGGUGGACGGUCUGGUGUACGAUCCUCGCGACGCUCGUCGCACUGCCGAAGCGCGAUCGGGAGGACGCCGAGGAUCAGCUGAGUCCGCUCUUUGCCCAGCUCGAGCUGCACGUGAAGUACGCGAGUGCGGCGGAACUGCUGCCACUGUUCGAGACGCUGCUCAACACGGACCUGCUGCUCGGGCUCGUGCUGAAGUGCAAGUUUCUGCUGCUCACCGUGCUGACGCUGAUCGCACAGAUGGAACAACUGAUGACGACCGGUGGCCUUGGUGGUGGUGGCGGCGCAGGUGUGGAGUCGAUUAACGGCAACGGAGUCGAGGGAAACGACAACAGUCCGCAGGAAGUGAUCCUGGCCCGCUGGAUGACACUUCUGCGAGAGGUGGUGCGCGUCCUAGACACGGCGGCACCUGCCACCGGGGCAAAGGCGCAGAAGGUGCUGCUCAAGCUGGACUCAUCGUGCGGCAUCGUGAAGCAACUGCGCGCGCAUCUAAGACGCCACCAGGAGCUCGAUCUGGAGCGUAAGCUUGGUGCACUCGUUGCGAUCAUCGAAAGCUCACCGGCUCCGUCGGCCAAGUCGACACCGGCGACCGAACUGCCAGAGUCCGGUGGCAACAAGUAAUGGAGCGUGCAAGCAAAAGAGAUCAACGAUCGACGGAAGAAAACUCACGACGACAGGUCGCGCAACCAUUGGACAGGAAGCUUUCGAUUCGCCAUCGAGGUGACCUCUGCUUGUUAGGUUUCUCUUAGUAGCUCAUCAUUUUUAUUUACAUUUAAUGUGCAUAUUUUUUUUUUCCUUUACGCUUCGGUUACUUAUCUUUGUUUCUUUUUUUCCGUUUUCUCUUUGCAAUCAUGUAUCGAAAGCAUCAAGCCUGGAACCGAUAUUUAACGAGGGGUAUGCGUGGGUGUACCAGGCAAAAAAAAACAUUAAAAAAACAGCAAUUGUAAUCAGUACUCAAAAACAGAAAAUAAUGUCGUGAUGAAAGGUGUAAAGAUUAUCCAAUUUUUAAUAAUAGUAUGUAUGCAGAACUUUGGAUAAUGGAAGUUUCUUCUCGUCGCGAAGAAAUGGCGUAAGGGAGUUCGCCCCCCGGAAGGAGGAAGAAAAAUUGUUAAUAGCACCUAAACUCUCUCAACCAGCGGACGGCAGUGUUAUGACGCUUAGCACGAUAGUUUAUCCUUGACGAUGUUUGAUUUUUAAAUGUAUCCCCCGUUGCAUCUAGAGUAGUUUUUAAAAAGUGAUGAAAAAAAAUCACUGCGCAGUGGUGUUUCUACUGGACUUUAUUUGUACUUUUUAACUUUGUCUUUGUUUUAUAUUUUUUCUAUUGUACUACCAUUAUGACCCUUAUUUGAAGUUUGGCCAGUCGGUCGAAAUUCGAUUGCUAGGCAGAUGUUUGGCUAGGAAGAACGUAACGCAAGGUCCGCAGAAUGUUGCGCAAAAUGACAGCGCAAAGGUCAAAACAUAACGAAGAACAAUAUAAAAGUGGACCGGUAAUUGAUUAUAACUAAUAAUGAACAUAAAUUAGGAGGUUGUUGAGCAAAAGGAGCUGGGAAGUUGAUAUCGUUUUCGAAAAGUUCGGCAAUCCCCUGCAUGCGGUUGCAACAACACACAGCGUAAAAUUAUAUCCAUAAGCUAAUAAAACAAAUGUAAGCACAUGUCA